ACUCGCUUGUUCCGAGCGAGCGGCCCCCGUGGGCCCCUCUGGCGGCCUGCAGAGCGCUGCUGUGAGGUGACGACUUGCGGCUCUCCAGCGAGCUCCUGGGGAAGCGUAGGGGCUGAGGCGUUGGCGACAGGCGCCAGCAGAAGCCAGUGGGCACCUCAAAGGCCGAAGACUGAACUUAGAGCGGGACUUGGGGAAGUAGGCGGGCUGCCAGUCCCUCUCCUGGUAGUUUCUCGGUGCGCGGAGCAGGCGCCGCGAGGGCUCCAGGCAGAGGAGCUCAGACCAUGGCUGAGGUGUCCGGCCUGGCCCGGGUCUCCGAGCGCCUGCAGUAUCGCGUGCAACUGAGCUUCCUGUCGGAGGAGCAGCUCUUCCAGCCGGGGCGGCUCCCUUCCCCCACCCUGAGAUCCCUGCGGCUGGAGGUGCAGCUGGCGGGGGAGCAAGCGGAGGCGACUGUGACUGACGCUGAUGGCAUGUGCGUCUUCAAAUGCUUUCUCAGCAGAGACACUGAAUGUUGCCACUUGGGGAAGGAUACCAUCUUGAUCUCUCUGGGUCACAGCAGUGCUUUGCUGAAGUUUGAGUCUCAUGCUGAAUUCAGUGCAUUUUCAAAUACUUUGAAAACAUGCCAGAGUCAGAAAAAGGAAUACUCAGUGUUCAGCCAGCGGACAGAAGAAGCAUCUGCUGUACAGUAUUUCCAGUUUUAUGGCUGCAUUUCCCAGCAGCAAAACAUGCUGCAAGAUUUCGUGAGGACAGCCACUUACCGCAGUGCCAUCCUCCAGAACCACGCUGACUUUAGAGACAAGGUUGUUCUAGAUGUUGGCUGUGGAUCAGGAAUAUUAUCAUUUUUUGCUGUACAGGCUGGAGCCAGGAGAGUUUAUGCAGUUGAAGCAAGUUCAGUAGCACAACACGCUGAGACACUAGUGAAAAGUAACCGCCUUUCAGAUAAGAUCAUUGUUUUGCAUGGAAAAAUUGAAGAAGUCUCACUUCCUGAGAAUGUGGAUGUAAUCAUUUCUGAACCAAUGGGAUUCAUGCUUUUCAAUGAGAGAAUGCUGGAGAGUUACCUUCAUUCCAAAAAAUGGCUAAAAUCCAAUGGAAUGAUGUUGCCGACAUUCGGUGACAUACACUUGGCCCCCUUUUCUGAUGACCACCUCUACAUGGAAUAUUACUCCAGAGCCAACUUUUGGUACCAGACGUGCUUCUUUGGGAUCGACUUGUCCAGUCUCCAGCGUGCAGCACUGGAUGAAUACUUCAGACAGCCAGCAGUAGACACGUUCGACAUUAGCAUUUUGAUGGCUCAGCCAGUAAAAUAUACAGUAAACUUUAUGGAUGCAGAAGAAAAAGAUCUACACAGAGUAGAAAUCCCCUUUAUGUUCCAGAUGGCACAUUCUGGCCUCAUCCAUGGGCUGGCGUUCUGGUUCGACGUGGCCUUUGUUGGAUCUCUGGUAACAGUCUGGCUGUCAACGGCCCCCACUGAGCCACUGACUCACUGGUAUCAGGUGCGGUGCCUUCUUCAGACUCCUGUCUUUGCCAAGGAAGGAGAGACUCUCUCAGGGAAAGUGCUGUUGGUAGCCAAUGAAAGACAGAGCUAUGACGUUCACAUUGACGUGCUGGUGAACCAAACAGGCUUGAGAUCUGGGAACAUCCUCGAUUUAAAGAAUCCAUUCUUUAGGUUUGCUUAGAAGACCAUAACAAGCCAAGCAAUAAGUAAAAUGAAGGUCUCUGAAGUCCAUCGACAUCCAAGUUGAUACUUCAUCUUCUAUGCAUCCUAAAUAUUUCAAAGUUAUUGGUUUAUUUAUUUCUUUUUCAUUCCCUAACUCUAAAAUUUGCAUCCCACAUUUUAUUGACAAAUCUUUUUUGGUGCUUUUGGACUGGCUCUUUCUGGCUUUAUACAUGUGCCUGAAAAAUAGUUUUCUUAAAGUUUUUGUUUGCUCCUUAUAGUAGUCUCCCUUAUUUGCGGGUGAUGCAUUCCAAAACCCUCAGUAGAUGCCUGAAAUCAUGGAUAGGCCUGAAACCUAUAUAGAUAAUAUUAUGGUUUUUCUUAUACACACAUAAGUACUGUACUAUGAUAAAGUUUCAUUUAUAUCAGGCACAGUUGGAGAUUAACAAUAAUAACUAAUCAUAAAAUAGAAUUAUAACAAUAUACCAUAAUUAAAGUUAUGUGAAUAUGGCCUUUCAAAAUACUGAAUUUUAUAUUUCAUAUUUUCAGACCACAGUUGACUAAAGAUAACUUAAACCACAGGAGGCAAAACCAUGAAUAAGAGAUUACUGUACUAUUAUUAUUCAAGCAAAACAAAUACACUUCUCUAAUUUUUGAAGUAUUGUAAAAAAUUUGACAAAAAACUACCUCAUGUUUAUAUGUAUGUGUAUAUAGAUGGACAUAAGGACAAGUUAGGGGUGAUCUCCUAUUUGCUACUUUUGGCAAUAUUUUCAAUAAUUCGGCAAUUAGUUCCUAGGUCACCAUGUGUUAAGAAUGUUUGCCUGUUUAUGUCAUGAAAUGAUAUGAGAUGAGGAAUAUUCUUCACUGGCCAUAUUUGGUGAGUCUGUAUGUUGUUGAGAAAAUGAAGAUGAAGCCUUUGUCAAUUUUCUUAGGUUUCCAGCAAAAAUGUAUAGUGUGAGGUGGCAGCGGGGCCUCUCCUUUCCUGUAAGACAUUUGUUUUGUGUCACACAUCAAAUGGUGAUGAAAGACGAUCUUUCCAAAGAGCAAAGGCCCAAAUAGCCCUUAUAAAAAUGGAUAUCACAUCAGCACAACAGUCCAGUGAAGCUCACCAGGCUACCUGUUCACUCUGUAGGGAAAACGAAUAAAUAGCAACUAUAUAUUCUCAUCAGUCAGUCAGUCAGUCACCCAGAGCUUUAAGCUUUCCACUCUGGUGCUUUGCUCAUUCUGGUCACUCAGUUUGAAAUAGUCUUCCCUUUCCAUCCAUGUGAACAAUCUUAUAUCACAGCAAGACUCGCUUGCAGUACACCCUCACCAGCAUGCUUUGCAGACCACCUUCUACACUCACCGAAAGUACUCUUUCACCUUUGAUACAGCCUUGGAUCCUUCCCUUAUCUAGUCCUUCCUUGUAGUAUUUUAUGCCUUCAUAUGCUGACAUAUACAUCUUUUUCUUUGCUAGACUUCAAGUUCUUUAUGGAUUAGAUCCAUGCCCGUAUCCUUUUGUUAAUUUCCCACAAGGCCUAACAGUAUGUCUAAUGCAUUAAAGGUGUUCAGUAAAUGUACCUAGGUUAAAUAAAUUUAUUUUGAAGGUUAGAAUAGCUAGAACUAUGAAAUCAGACCUGACACUGCUCAAAUUGCCAUUCAAGAAUGGUACGCAGAAACUAUAAACCUCAGAUUGCAGAAAUAACAUGGCUGCGGCCAUUGCCUCCAACACACACUCCCAGGCAGACAUGCAUAAUCAAUCCCAGCAUUCUUUCCUGCUGAACCCUGAUGUGGUCUCUGUUUUUCUCAGCCCAAAACUCUAAGAAGACAUUAGCAAUCUACAGAAGUGGAUAAAGGAGAUGAAUUCAUCACUUUUAAGGAAUCAAAACUUGAUAUUAUCUAUCUUAAAAAAAAACCCUGAAUAUCUGUAGCAUUUAUAAAGGUGUAACUUUGACAAAGAACAGAUUAGAGAGAGGUAUGUGUCACAAGGUGGGUGUGGUGGGAUAACUUGCCUUUUGGUUGAUCACUCAGGUAAUGUAUUGUCACGUAAGCAAUAAAAAUUGAUAUUUAUCAUCUUUACCUUAGUUUUGAAAUUUUAAGUUCUUAAUGUUUCUAUAAAGCAAUAUAGGGUGAAGUUUAUUUCAGUAGGGGGACUUAGUAACUACUAAUUAUUCCGACCUUGUAUCUAUAGAAUUAUUUGGAAUCAAAGUAGAUUACUUAUUUAAAAUGUUAAUUUAUUGUAUUUUGGAGGAAAUUAUGUUACUGGGUUUUUUUUGCAAAUAUAAAAGUGACCUCAAAACAGGUCAUUCACUGAAGUGGUUAAUUUUGUGUCCACUUGACUGAUGAGAAGUUUCCCUCAGUAACCAUUAGUUCUGAGUGUGUUGAAAUUAGCAUUUAAACCAAUACACUAGUAAAAAUAGACUGCCUUCACUACCAUCCAUUUUAUUGCAGGCUUGAAUAAAACAAAAGGUGGGAGAAUUUAC